AAUAAAAGACAUAAGAACUGUCUUUUAGCUAAAAAUUAUAAAAAAAAAUAAAAAAAUCUCAAAUUAUGAGUUAAAAACUCUGACUAAAAAACCAUAAUUAAUAAUGCCCUAAAUCUCUCACAAAUAUUACAAUAAUUUUGUUUAUAUAAUUUAGAGAAUUUGCUGCAUAUAUACAAGAAUUGUAGCUAAAUUUUCAACAUAGGGUUCCAUAUGCAUAUUCUACAUUUUUCAAUGAUACCGUAAUAGCCCUAUAAUUGAACUCAACGCCUAACUUAUAGCCUACUAGUCACGAUCCUAAGUAUAGCAUAUCUAUGUGUUGAUACGUUACGGACCCAAGGAAUCACCAUAUAUGUGUUUAUGGCUUCAAAUGGUGACCAUUGUCCCGUUCUGCCUCAUAGUUAACAGUAACAAAAUUUUUUAUAUAUACUAUGGAUCCGAAUGUUUGACCGCCCCGCACCGCACUUAACAGUAACAAAAAUCUAUGCAUAUAUCAUAUAUUUAUAUGUGUUUAUAACUGUUAAAACCGCACCGCAGUUAUACCGUUUGUCCCGCAACGCUCAAUCCGCUGUUACCAUUCGGAGCCUAUAUAUCUAUACAUUUUUAUAACUGUUAAAACCGCACCGCAGUUGAACCGCUUGUCCCGCACCGCUCAAACCGCAGUCACCAUUCAGAGCCUAUAUAUAUUGUCUCUCUCUUAUCUACCUAGAAACUCAUCUCUUUUUUGUUGGAACUAUUUUUUUAUAAACUUAAUGGGCUGAGUAAAAAAUUGAAUAAGUAUAAAUAUAAUUUUUAUAAGACUAAAGAGCUGUGUAAAAAAACUUUUAUUGUAAAGAAAUAUGUGUAUUUUUUAAAAAAUAGUGUUAAAUUUAUUCAAAAAAAAUAUUUGUACAAUAUAUGUAAUUUUAACCAAAUGUUAUGCAGAAAAUAGAUUUGAGACCUGACACAACUCCUAUAUUAUCGAAAUGAAAACCAUGUUUUCAUGGCGUUUUCGUAUCAACUUAUUUCGAACUAUUUUAUCAAUGCCUUUGAUCAGUAUUGCAGGAGGGUGUGAGUCUUCUCCAUGCUUUCUCCCAUUUCUCUCUUUCCAUAUAGUAGACAGUGUUGCUUGAAACACAUACCGGAGCAGGAAAAGUUGAGUCGUAUCCUUUGUAUGGUCUGUUAGUAGUCGGAUUACAUCUUCCCAUUUGUUGGUGUAUGUGAAGACAGUAACUUCAGAGUGAGGUUUUUCCAGACUUCUUCCGAGUAUGGACAUUUGUAGAAGAGGUGGUCUCGGGUUGCAAGUGGCUCGGAACAGAGUGAGCACAUGGUUGACGCAGCCGUGUUCCAAUGUGAGAUUCUGUCCCAUGUGCAUAGCCUGUUCUGAGUAUCUUGGCGUAUUGAACGGGAACCAGACCCCUGCAAACCAAUCGACUUUGGCACUGAUUGGUCUAGUUAAAUUCCAAAUCAUAUUUGAAUUAAAAUAUGGGUAUUUGAUGAAAAGGAUAAAUCUUACAGAAUUUAUGCUCAAAUAAUUAUGGAAGGUUUCUUAUAUUAUUUUAGAGAAAUGUAAAGAUUGCGUCCAAAUAGUUGUAGCAUAUUUCCUAUAAUAUUUUUGGAUAAAUGUAAAGUUGCGUCCAAAUAAUAAUAGAAUACUUCUCAACUAAUUAUGUAAUAUUUCUCUUGGUGAUCAAGUAACUCAUACUCAUAUAAAUAGACACAUAAUCUCUUCAUUCUAGACACACAGAAAAAGCAUACGCUAAAUACCAGUUGGAAACUAGUUCCAGAGAAAACCCUAGUCGUCUUAAAUAAGUCUUGAGAGUACAACGUAGUAGUUAGUUCGCAGAUUUUGUUUUGGGUGCAGCUAAACAGUCUCAUUGUGGUUGUAUCAUGGGAUCAUCCAAACCGUCUCACAUCACGGGAGAUUUAUUGAGCUAAAGAAAUAGAUUAAAUCUCGACUCCACGAAUUCGUCUAUUUCUUUAAUGGUUUCUUAAACGUUUUCCUACAUCUAUAUUAUCGUUUAUUCGAUUUUUGUUUCGGAAUUUUCAAUCAGGAUUUUCGCGGUCCUAACAUUCUUAACUCAAUAAAUAUGUUUUUUGCUUAUCGCUUAACUCAGAUUGAAAUAUUGCGAAAAAGAAAUUUCUAAGAAAAACGAUUUUAUAAACGUUUUUGAAAGCGAUCUGAAACGAUUUGCGAACACUCUUUAACUAUUUUACAAAAAAAAGGCUUUGAUCUAUAAGAUGAAUCAUAUAAGAAAAUGAUUUACGCGACAGUCUGUGGCAGGUUCACGAUCUCGUUUUUCUAAUUAUAAAAACAAUGUAAUCAAUUGAAAGUUUAAGAACACCUUUAAGGCGGAUUCUGGGAUAGACUAUUAAAUGUUUAAGAACGCUUUACGCGAUUCUGGGAACGUAUAGCAACUUAAGAGUUUCAAAUUUAAUCGCUUGAUUAAUGAUGUCACUGACCUUAAGUAAAUAACUGAGCUACAAAAUUUAAGCUCGUAAGAUAAAUUUUGUAAAAUAUGAAUAAAUCAUAGAAGAUUGAGUUCACAAGAUUUUUGGAUAAAUUGAUAUCUAAAAAUUGUGUCCACAUAGAUAAAUCCCUAAUUGGGAAUGGUCAUCCAUUUGGUUCAUCUUCAUGUGAAGAUUUGUCUAUAUGUAAUAAAACUAGUAUACAAGUCUAUAGUCAGUUGAAUACUUUCAUGGAACAUAAAGUUUCCUUAUAGACAAAUCAAGGUUCAGAACACACGCUCAAAGAAUUUUGCAGUGACACAAUUUCUUUUGAUGAAUUAUAUGUUCAUCAUAUAAUAGUCAAAGAGUUGUGAUUCUACAUGCGUGAGAGAACAACUGCUUGUACAUCAACUAAUUUGAUAUACUAGGUUUAUAGGUAAAUUGGAAAUUUUCCAAUAAAAUCGAUCUUUCACAAGCAAAGGUUAUGAGUCAUAUGAAUUGACUUUCAAGUAAGUCAAAUAUGCAAAUUACAAAGCAUAUGAAAUUCAAAACUGUGAACUUAUUGUGAAAGUGAUUGAGCAAAAGAACUAUGAAAGCCUAAUGUUCAUAUGAAAUUAUAAAUUAGCUUUAGAAAGCAACAUGCUUAAAAGAAGUUCAAUGGACAACUUCAAAAGUUGACACACAUCGUAGCAAGGUUGGCGAAUGUUGUAGCAAUAUUGCUUUACGUAGAGACAAUAUAAAAUCUCAAACCAAUUUGGUAAAAAACUAACACAUGAAGUGUAGUUUUGAGUCAACAUUUCAUAACAUAAUGGAAUAAACGGGCUAGUCCCCAAAAAUGCCCGUCAAGCAAGGGCAGUUGGCGGGGAAGCAAGAAGAAAUAUCAGGUUGGCUCUCAAAACUGAGAAAUUGGAUCUCACGUCGGUAGCUAUCCAUAGAUCACUGGCGAUCUUAAUCUUUCUCAGCAUAUUCGACCACUGAUCGGAAAAUAGGCACUGUAUGUGGUAACAUAAACGAGAUUAAAUGUGUUAAAAUUAAUAUUAUUCCUCGUAAUAUUUGAUCCUUGUUCAGUUGAAUCCAGUGUAGUGGAGGAACAAGAGUUAUAAACUCUAAUACGGAUGAACGCAAGCAUACAUGAUUUUGAGUUAUCUCAGGACAUGUGGGAGAGGGGCGUCGCGUACCACAUAUAAUAAAUGCAAAAGGAUACACUUAGAUAACAUACAAGCAUACAAAAUACCGAAAAGUGAGGGAAUGCUUAUGAUUUUUUUUUAAAAAUAGCUCCCAAAAAGGUCAAAAUUAGACCUAAAAAGUGUAAUCUCAAAAGUUUCAGCUGGCGACCUUAUGGAUAUGUACCAAAGGUUCAAUAUGAGAUUAAAUUUUAAAAUCAUCGAAGGGAAUGAGUUUAUUGCCUAUUACUAAGAAGAUGUUUGAUGGAAACUCCACCAACGCGAUUGGAGAUCCCAAAAGGUUGGUUCAAAAGGACAACUAAAUCAAACAUAAUCUGAUAAAAGUAUUGAAACUUACCCAUAUCCCAGAUGAUAAUCAGUGCUCCUGUAAAUUUAAGGUUAAGCAUUGGAUUUUAAAGAGAUAGGACCAUGGCCUUCAUAUAUAUGUAUAUAAAGUAUUACAGGGUAAACCGGGCGCUUGUGGUCUGGUGGUAAAGGGUUCACGACUGUGAGUUCCGCCACCUAGGUUUGAUUUCUGGCCACCAUCGAAUAAAAAUGGGGUAAAAGGCGGCUCCCCUGGAUGCCUUCGGCGGGCUCCCUGGAUCAGAUCCGGUAGACGCCAUUAGGCGCUAGUCAGGUCUCUUUCGAGGACAUCCGGAUAUUAGGGUCAUAAAAAAAGUAUUACAUGGUAAUUUAUUGUAUAUAUGAUAGGUGCACAUGGCAAUCACCUACUGAGUGUGAAAUGAGGCCAUUUUUAGGAGGAUGAAGUUUAGGCUAUAUUCUCCAAAUUCACUAAUGACUACCAGGCAAGUUCAUGGCCAAAAUGAACACAACACGAAACUUAACUCUACGAGAAAACUCAGCUGUGUUGUAUCUGUUGACUCGGUUUACACAAAACUUCGGGUGGUUCAAGAUAUCAUGUACACCUGCUGAAAUGUAGAUCCAACAGGUAUUAACAAUGAGUGGUUCAAGGCUUGAAUAUGCUACUACCUCAUAUACAAUUAGUUAGUGUGUGGUAUGAGCAGGAUGUCACUUCUUAGAGAUUUUCUGGAUUGCCUUGGAAUGGACCAUAAGAAAAUCUGGUAGGAAAUGCCCCUUUGCUAAGUAUAGGAGAGACUAUGAUCUUUCAAGUCGUUUUGGCACAUAGCCGAGUGUGAUCUUGUGAUGUUGGUGGAUUUGCGAUCUCGGAUUCGCAUUAAAAUUAUAGUAUGACAUCUGUCUUAUGGGUCAAGGCCUUAGCGGCGCAUGGCCUUAUGGGCGUGUAGCCGCAUAAUUAUUUGAUCUAGAGGGCGUGCUGAUAGAUUUGUCGAUAUGCUGUCAUGAACACACUCUCUUCAUGUUUAUGAGCAGGAGGCCUUGGCUUGAGCUAGUACAUAAUUUGUGGUAUGCUAUUGUGGGCAUAGAGUUUUAUCUUAUUGGUGAUGAUCAUGUAGAUCUGUCCGAGUUAGUAGGAGAACCUUGUCUUCCUAUCAAGUGAGAAGGAAUACCUAAUCCGGAGGCAGGGGAAAGACUUGUAAAAUGGAAUGCCCCUAGCAGAUAUAUUCCAGCCUUCAUUUAAUAUCAUAUGCCUUUUUGAAGAUUUUUCUUUAUUCUUUAUAGGGUGUUACCAUUUUUCGAUGGAUCCUGAUUUCUGCGUAAGAGGAAAUUUAAAUUAACUCUCGAUAUAUGAUGUUUGAAAUAGGCCUAUACCACAUCCCAACAAUCAACUCGCACCACCACCGCCAGGAAACUCUUCCUCUGAACGUCUGCUCAUCGUCCUCGAAGCUGCAAGGAAAAAAGGAUCCCAUCGACAUUCUGUAACAGAACAUACUUCAUCCCUAUGUCUGUUUUCCUUGCUGGAAAAGCACUUUCUCCACAUCGUUUGGACUGAGAUACCUCUACUGAUGUGAAUCUACAGACUUACCACAGUAAGACAUGAGGACAUGAGCCCAAAUUCAUCCUGGUAUGUGGAGCCAUACACCCCAUAAGAACCGCAAAACCACUGCUACACUACUGUUGCCACGAAAUCUGACACUAAGAAGCACAAGAAACCAGAUGAACACACCACAUAAAAUGGGGCUCAUGCAGAGAAAAAAAAAAUUUAAUAAAGAAGAUGAGCUCUCUCACAGCAUCGCGGGAGAGUCGAUGCCUGAAAGACAGCAGAAAAAGACAGUGCUUCUUGUACAAGAGAGAAGAAAGAGUUUUUGAAAUUAAAAGAGUAAUGUACAUAAAAGGAUACCCUUCCAAAUAUUAAAUCACAUCGAUCAGUGGGAUAUUAUUUCAAAAUUUAACUUUGGGUUGCACUUAUACUGAGUAACAAACUUUCAACGGUAUGAAAUUAUUAUUAAAUGAUUAGUCUGAUAAUUUGUCUCACGCAACCACAUGUGUAUAUACUCCUGAUCCUAAGGGCCAGUCAAUGGUGGGAGGCUCAAAGCGACUUAGACGUCUAUUAAACCAAAGACUACAUGAAGAACCAUCUAAAACGCAAACACAUGUUAUGAGAAAGAAGAUGAAGACUGGUCUUGUAAUCAUAAACUGUAUAAUCCUGGCCAUUGGAAACUGCGGAGGCCCUCUAAUCACGCGUCUCUACUUCAGAAACGGUGGCAAACGGAUCUGGUUCUCAAGCUUCCUCCAAACCGCAGGCUGUCCCAUCAUCCUCUUCCCUCUUCUCUUCUCCUUCCGCCUCCGCCGUAAAGAAGCAACAACGACUCCAUUUUUUCUCAUAAAACCUCCUCUGUUCUUGGCUUCUAUUGUGAUUGGUCUGCUCACUGGCGUUGACAAUUACCUCUACGCUUACGGGUUAGCUUACCUCCCAGUUUCCACUUCUUCUCUGGUCAUCUCCUCUCAACUAGCCUUCACUGCUUUCUUCGCCUUUUUCAUGGUGAAGCAAAAGUUCACGCCCUUUAUUAUAAACGCCGUCGUUUUGCUUACUCUGGGUGCCGGAAUCCUAGCCCUUCACACCGACGGUGACAAGCUUGCCAAAGAGACACACAAGGAGUAUAUCGUUGGGUUCCUCAUGACCCUUGCUGCGGCUAUUCUCUACGCGUUUGUAUUGCCGCUUGUGGAGCUCACUUACAAGAAAGCUCGUAAACGAAUCAGCUACACGCUUGUGCUCGAGAUGCAGAUGGUCUUGUGCUUUGUGGCCACUUGCUUCUGCCUCGUUGGGAUGCUGGCUGAUGGCGAUUUCAAGGAGUUAGCAAGAGAAGCAAGAGAUUUUAAGCUUGGAAGGUCUACGUAUUACUAUGUGGUGGUUGUGUUCACGGCCAUCAUCUGGCAAGGCUUUUUCUUGGGAUCUAUUGGGAUGAUCUUCUGUGCAUCGUCUCUGGUCUCUGGAAUUCUUAUCUGUGCUCUGCUUCCGUUGACAGAGGUCUUGGCCGUCUUUUUCUUCCGGGAGAAGUUUCAGGCGGAGAAAGGUCUCUCUUUGUUUCUCUCCCUUUGGGGAUUCGUCUCUUAUUUCUACGGACAGAUUAAAUCCGAGAACAAGACUGAGACUCAGGAUCAGGAGGCACAACUCUCUCAGCUUCCGGGCAUUGAUUCUGUAGCUUAAAAGCACCUAACUUGUUACACUUUUUAAGUUUUUUACUUUUAUUAAUGAUGUGUUCUCAUUUGUCUAAUGUUUCUGUGUAAAACACAUACCUGUAACAUCUAUGGUUUGGGGAAUUCAUUUUCAAGUUUUGGUCACAAAAAUAGACUAUAAGGAAUAAAAUAAUCAAAAUGUUUCAUUUAAUAGAUAAAUGACACAAAUACCCUAGAUAUAAAAAAAAAUUUAUAGUUUUAGAUCAUAUGUUUUUAAAUUCGAAUUUUUUUUAAAAAAAAUUUAAAUUUUUUUUUUUCGAAAUCGUUUUUUUAUUUUUUUUCAAAUUUUCUUUUUGUAAUUCAAAAAUACUUUUUGAAACUAUUUUUAAAAUUUUAUUUUCAAAUUUUUAAUAUUUAUUUUCUAUUUUAUAAAAUUUUAAAUCUCAACUUCAAAUUCUCACUCCUUAACUUUAACCCUAAGGUUUGGAUUAGUUAAUCCUAAGGGUAUAAAUGUAUAUUUACAUUUUUAAUAAAACAUUUUGGUCAUUUUGAUUCUUAGAGUCUAUAUUUGUGAUAUAAAUUUUUUUAGUGCUAUUCUAGAGUAUUUCUCUAAAUGAAAACAAUACUACAAUUAGAAAAAGGAUAUUUGAGCUUUUCAUUUUAGAUACAGGGGCUUUCAAGAUGAUUUUUCACUGGGCAGUUCUUUCAAAUAGUUUUUUAAGUUUUUUUUAUCAAAGUAGCCUUAAAAAAAACUAAAAUUGCUCAUUUUAUUUUUAUUUUAUUUUUUAUAUUUAUGCUUUACUU